AUGAAAGGACACAACUGGGGCAUAUACUUACUUAAAUUCCUGAUGUUACCUAUGUUAGCAGCCCCAUGGAAAUAUUCGAGAGGAACUAUUGAUGUAACCACUAACUCUAAUAUUACAACUACUGACUUUGGUGAACCGCAUAAUAAAAUAGUGCAGCCCGAUAUAGCAUUGAAUUCCAGAACUCGCAGAUUGCUAGUGGGAAAUACAGAUAUCGAUUUUGGAGAAAAAUACGACCCCUUAAAAGAUAAAACUAUAAACAGCAUAGAUGAGAAUGACGACACUUCCCGAGGAAGUUUAAAAUCCAAGGUGCAACAUAAUAAAUUCAAGGAACAGUUGAAUACAAUCAGAUGCAGUCAAAAUGUACAUAAUUAUGACCAGUUUUAUGAGUCUUAUGAAAACGUUCAUAAUUAUGACCAGUUUUAUGAGUCCUAUGAAAACGUUCAUAAUCAUGACCAGUUUUAUGAGUCCUCCGAAACUAUUGAUAGUUGUGGAGAAUCAUGUGAUAAAAUUAAAUAUGAUGAUGAAGACGGAAAACUUUAUGACAGCCAGCACAGUAUCGACAGCGAAGUGCAGCCAUAUAACACAGUGGAAUGGGAAUUACCUGUAAUGUAUAUGUAUAGGCCCAAGAAUAAAUCUAUAUUCUCAAGAAUAUUUAAAUAUCUGAAAAAAGCGAUUGCAAAAUAUGAAAAGGAUAUGUAUAGUAUACAGAAUGAUUAUACAUCUCAAUAUAUUAAAGAUCCUUCAGGUGAAAUUGUAUUAACAGAAUCAUCGAACACCUUGGAUAUACCAUGCAAUAUAACAAGCUGCAUAAGCAUCUCAUCAAAUAAAAAAUGUGUCAGAAUAUUAGCCGCAAAUGGAAUGAAUAGAACGGAAGAACAGAACUAUGUGGACUUCAAAAAAAGAAUAAAUAAUUUAUUAAAUGAAGAUGAUAGCGCUUUCAGGGAAAGACUAAAUACAUUAGCACAAGAUGAUUAUACUCGAGAACAAUUUAAUUUGUUACUAUGGAAUGACAUCUAUCAAAAACCAUUUAAAAAGUUGGCACAAGAUAAGCAUUUUCAAGAACAACUUGAUAUAUUAAAAAAUAAUAAUAAUACGAAUUCGGGGAAUCAUUUGUCUAUCUCACCAGAUGUAGAUCAUAGUAACGACGAUAACAACUAUAAUCCAAUAAAAUCCUGUAACAAUUUGGAAGAAUUUUUCAACAAAUUAAAAAGAAAAAAUAAGAAUUCGGGCAACCAUUUUUCUACCUCACCAGAUGUAGAUCAUAGUAACGACGAUAACAACUAUAAUCCAUUCGAAUCCUGUAAUAAUAUGGAAGAAUUUUUUAACAAAUUGAAAAGAAAAAAUAAAAAUUGGGGCAAUCCUUUUUCUAUUUCACCAGAUGUAGAUAAUCGUAAGGACAAAUAUUUUCAUGACCCAUUCGAAUCAUGUAACAGUCUGGAAGAUUUUUUUAACGAAUUAAAAAUACAAAAAGAUAAGAAAGAAAAACAAAUUGAAGAAUUAACACGUAAUCAAGAAUAUAAAAGAAAAGCGAAGGAUGAAUUGGAACGAACUAAUGAUCGUAUAAGGGAACCAACCGAUGAAGUAGAAGAUUAUAUACCUUUUAAAUUAGAAGAAGAAGAAAUUUUCGAAAGAUUCUUCGGUCGUUAUGGGUAUAAGGAUCUACUAAAACUAAGAAAAAAGUCAGCAUUACCUACCUUCCUAAAAAAAGGACUUAAAAUGUUUGAACAAAGUGUGAAACGGUUUUUAAAGCAGAAAAAAACUGGUUAUUAUGUUCAUAACGGUCCAGGCGCCUUUGGAAAAUUUCUUUCAUUUAUAGACAAACAUAGAGUAUUUGUUAAUAUUUUACUUUUUAUCCCAUCCGCUGCUUUAGCACUCUCAGUUCUUAUUGUUGCCAUAAUGAUAAUUCAGACGACCUUUUUUUGGCUACUUUCAUCAGCAGCCGUAUAUCCAGCCUUUGUAACGAUAACAGUUGUUAUAGUGUUUGGACUUUGCGUUCCUUAA